CAGAGCCCGCGGGCCGGGCGCUAAAGCCGCCUUGCCAUCCGCACGCCGCGGUUCAAGAGGAGGAGUCCCGGGUGCCGCGCCAGCCGCCGGCACCGCCGCCGCUCCCGCCGGCACCCCAUGGAUAAGGCGGGUUCGCUGCACAGCUCGGUGCCCGGGCCGCCACCCCGGCUCUACCUGCCGCGUAACUUCAGCUGCAGCGCCUGCCUCUAUGGCAGCCUGGCCGAGCAAUGCAGGGCGGGCUGCAGCCCCGACGGCGACGCCGCGCCCACGCCCGUGGUGCGGGAAGCGGCGGGCGAGAAGCCGCCGCCGAGCCGCGGCCGGGAGCCCACGCUGCCCGCGGUACCCCCCAGCCCCACGCAGCGCCGCCGCGCCAAGUCGCUGCCCACGCCCGGCGACCGUAGCCUGCGCCCCGCGCUGCAGCAGAGCCCGUCUCGCCGCAAGACCGUGCGGUUCGCCGACUCCCUGGGGCUGGAGCUCACCUCCGUGCACCUCUUCUGCGAGGCCGACCUGCCGCGGGUGCCGCUGCCCGCGCCGCCGACGCCGCGUCCCGCCGACCUCCUCAAGACCAGGAAGCCGCCGGCGCUGGGCGACCUGGAGCCGGUGCUGUUCGGGCCGCCGCCGCCGCUGCUGGAGCCGCUGUUCCCGCCGCAGCCCGGCGCCAGCCCCGGCUUCGCGGAGCGGGUGCGGCAGCACAAGGUGAGGCUGGAGUGGGUGCGGGCAGAGCCGGCGGGGCUGCGCGGGGCCGUGCGCGUCCUCAACCUCGCCUACGAGAAGGUGGUGUCGGUGCGCUACACGCUCAAUGGCUGGGCCAGCUGCGCCGAGGCUGCCGCCACGUACCAGCCGCCCGCGCCGGCCGACGGCAUCACCGACCGCUUCUCCUUCAUGCUGCCCCUGGGCGCCGCCGCCUCCGCCGCCGAGACCGCGCUGGAGUUCGCCGUCCGCUACCGCGUCGCCGGCGCCGAGUACUGGGACAACAACGAGGGCAAGAACUACCGGCUGCGGGGCCGGCAGCGCGUCCCGCCCGUCGCAGGGCCCCCGCAGGACCCCGACAGCUCUGCCUGGAUCCACUUCAUCUGACACGGGGCAGCGCGGAGCCCGCGCAGGGCCGGGGGACCCUUCCGGGGCGGCUCGGCGCGCUCCCCUCAGCGCCUGCCCCGCCAGCCGCCCGCAGGAGUUUUCCCGAGUUCUGUUUACAGAGGGGUAAAU